AGAGACAGAAAGAGAGAGAGAGAGACAGCUGAGGACAUCCGGCGGAGGAGCGGUCAGACAGACAGACUGCGGGCAGCAGAAGCUCACCGGCUCCGAGACGAACGCCGCCGACAUGGGAGUGGAAAUCGAGACGAUCUCUCCGGGUGACGGAAGGACCUUCCCCAAAAAAGGACAGACGUGCGUGGUGCAUUAUGUCGGAUCGCUGACAGACGGACGGAAGUUCGACUCAUCUCGGGACAGGGACAAGCCUUUCCGGUUCAAGAUCGGCAAACAGGAAGUGAUCCGAGGUUGGGAGGAGGGUGUGGUGCAGAUGAGCGUUGGUCAGAGGGCUAAGCUGACCUGCUCGCCUGACUUCGCUUACGGAAACAAAGGCCACCCGGGCGUCAUCCCGCCCAACGCCACGCUGGUCUUCGACGUUGAGCUGCUCGGUUUGGAGUGAAGCAAAGCCGCAGCCUGUUUGUUGUGUGUUGUUUGACUUGGCACCUGCGUGACCCGACGAGACGCUUGGACAGUCUGCGCUGUUUCACUGCAAUUUCCCUGAACUCUGACAGUUUGUGUUGUUUUAUCUCUGUGGCAGCAGAGCUACUGAUAUUUUUCAAUCAUGUUCCUUCUUAAAACUGUAACCUCAAACUUCCAUGUUCUUAAUUUUGUGUAAAAUGGGCUUUUUUUCUUUGUGAGAGUGGUUUUUUUAAUGUUUUGACUGCAUAACGUCACACAAUGACGUGUAUAAAACACCAAUAAACCACUAGCAACAAGCUUAACGUAUUCUUAACAAAAGUAUAUAAAAAAGCACACAUUUGCAUAUUUUUUCCACUCAAUAGAUGCAUGAAAUUAAAGUUUCUGAUGCACUGAUAGUAGUUAAAAUGUCUGGGCGCAGAGCAGUAAUUGAGUUUUCCACUUAAAAUGGACAUUUCUGCGUAAACCCAUGCUUCGUUUUGUUGACUGACGAGUGAGGGGAGUAAUUGGCAGGAAGUAGACAGUUGUAGAUAGUUCAAAUGUGUGCCUAAACAUGGUGGCUACCCCGCUCUGUUUGCAUGCUGUAGAUCUGAUAGGAAACUUACCGUGUACAGCUUGAAAGCUCUGUUUACAUCGUCGCUGCCUUUUCACCUCUUUAAACCCCAUUUAAAGCCAUACCCAGGUCAAACCGUGCAAAGGCAGGUUGUGUUGAUGCACAAAGAUUGGGUCUGAUCGUUUUUGAAAAUCCUCUGAAAUGCUUGAAAUUUCUAAACAAGGGCAAAGGACUCUUCCUGGCCUUACUUUGACUAUCAGGUGGAAUCUUGUAUUUUUUGGGAUGCGUCUUUGAGAACCCGUGAAGCCAAUCUUAAUCCCUUUUUGAGAUGCCGACGGUGAUUUAACGGUCUGCCUAUCGAAAGAUCGUGUCGCGUUGAGAGAAUAAACUGAAACACUGGCGUCUUAGUGGUUUUUAUAUCUGAAAGAAUGAGUUUUAAAUGGAGUUUAAAUGAAGGAGUUUGCUGUGUGGUUGUGUGGAUGUUA